AUGGCCAAGAUCACUCUCACUGUGGAGCCUCGGGGCAAGCCCAUCCGGAGGCUCCCCAAGACUCUCACCAUUGCACUCGAUGCCUCUGGUGAAGAUCUGCAUAACAUGAUCGCCGAUGUCUCCGGUUCCUCCGUCCACCGUCUGCGAAUCACCAAGGGAAGUGACCGCAGCGUCGUCCCCAACGCCAAGGACACAACCAUUGAUGAGACCGGUCUCCGGGAGUCCAGCGUGAUCCAUAUCAAGGAUCUAGGACCCCAAAUCGCCUGGCGCACCGUCUUUAUCAUCGAGUACCUUGGUCCGCUCCUGAUUCCCGCACUCUUCCUCUUCCCCCUCCGUCCGCUACUCUACUUCAACUUCGACACCAUCCCCGCUCCCUCCGACACCCAACUCCUAGUCUGCGCCCUCCUAACUCUGCACUUCCUCAAGCGCGAGUAUGAAACAAUCUUCGUGCACCGCUUCAGCAACGCCACCAUGCCCGCCCGAAACAUCUUUAAGAACAGCGCGCACUACUGGGCCCUUGCCGGAUUCAACAUCGCCUACUGGGUCUUCCGCCCUGACUCAGUCGCCGCCACCUCCGAGCCUAGCCCGCUCCUGCAAUAUGCCGGUCUGACCCUAUUCGCUUUUGGCGAGAUCUUUAACUUCAAUGCCCACCUGAUUCUGCGCGGCCUUCGUCGCCCGGGUACUACCGAGCGUGGCAUUCCCCAGGGCUUUGGAUUCAACAUGGUCACCUGCCCCAACUAUAUGUUUGAGAUCAUUGCUUGGUUGGGUAUCUGGCUCGCUAGCCAGUUGAACUGGAGUGUGAUUAUCUUCACUCUCGUCGGUGGUUUGCAGAUGUGGAGCUGGGCCUGGAAGAAGGAGAAGCGCUACCGUAAGGACUUUGGCGAUAAGUAUAAGAAGAAGCGCACUGUCCUGCUGGCUGGUAUCUGUUAA